AUGUUGGCGUCAUUUUCUGCAGUUUCCAAACGCCAAACAUGGCCGCUGCUAUGUUUUUUCCGCUCCGUGACGUCUGCUACAGCGUCCGUGUCCACUAUUUCGCAUGCUUCGGAAGAAAUCCAUGAAAAAUCUCCAGCAGGCACCAAUGAAACUCCGCUUGCCACUAAAAACUCGCUAGUCUUCCUUGACAGUCUAGCAAAAACACAUUUUGCAUCUGUUCACAAGCCUCAGCCUUCUGAAGCUGACUUGGUCAAACGAGAAAUCUCCACAUUACUUAAGAACAAAAGUUUCGAAAGUUUAGCUCGAGUUUUGGUCAAAUGGACUAGUGUCAGCUCCGAUGGAACAUGGCAGUCAGUGCUCACCCACAAUGAACUUUCAUACUUGGUCAACAAAAUCGUCAAUCAUCAGAUCGGACUCAUAACCAAGGCUGGAACCUCUAUUAUGGUGCAUAGCAACGGCAUCCAAUCUCUGUCAAGCAUGGCUCCUGCUCGGGAUCUCCGAGAGAAGGUGAGAAGUAUUUAUAGCAACUUGCUUUAUGGCGAGCUGCGGGGCCAUUUGUACCUGCGGAACCGCCGAAAUGCGGUGCCGGCAUUCCGUCUCAGUGCACUCGACUAUGAGAAUUUGAUCUCGAUGGAAUUAAACAACGGAAAGUUGGAUUUGGCUUCGAAAUGGUUUCAGCGCAUGGAGCUGCAGUUCAGUGAGGGUCUGUACUACCAACACAUGACUCAGAAGUUGUGGUUGCUCAAGUUCCAAGUGUAUUCUGGAGGACUUUCUUCUCUCUGGAAAGUGGAGCCCACAGACUUGUAUGAGUUGGAGGUGAACCCAAGGCGGUCACGAUUCAAGGCAGAAAAGAAGUGGCUCGAUGUCUUCGACGAUUUUGUGUGCCAUCAGGAGCUGCUGCUGGCAUCGUCCAAGGUGAUUUUCGACACCAAUUUGUUAACGGUGAUGUUAUCGUCCAUGGCACACUCUAACAACGUUGCCCAGGUGACUAAGCUUGUGGAACAGAACUGGGGUAUUUCUUCCCGAGGAAAAAUGGACUCCAAGUUCUCUAAACCACAGCAGGGCGAUCCACUCUUCCCAACCUUGGACUUGGUGCAGACGGUGGUGGUGUCCAUGAUCUAUAACAAAGAGUAUAUUAGCGGGUUGGCAUACUUAAACGCCUUUCAAGAGCACUACAACAUCGACCUCAGCGAAUCCAAGCACUGCUGGGACCAGCUUUUCCGGUGGAGCGAGAUCACUACUCGUUUCUCUGAGUUCCGUGCUCUCCAAUACUUUAUUAAGCAAACCGCCACCACUCUUUAUAAGCCUGUGGAUGAAGGUGAGUUAUCCAUUACGUUGGAGGAAGCACAGAGGUCUGUUGACUUCGACUAUGAGGGCUACUUGAAGUUCGUAGCUGAUUUAACCAAUCAGAGGACCAAGUUGAUUGGCGAGCUCUGGAAGGGCUAUCAUCAGAGCCAGCCAGGCUUCUCUGCACGUGUCUACCUGACGUAUUUACGUUUGCUUGAAGAGAAUCCUCUGGACGAGACUGCCUACGAGUACUUGUCGGCCUUGGCUCUCGAGCAUCGUCUUCAUAGUGUCUCGACAGACUCUUUCAACAAGUCUGCCACCAAUGAUACCAUAUACAAGAUCCGCACGCUUUACAGUAAGGGAAUGAAGGCAUUGAUUAAUGAGAAGGGUAUGCGUGGCGAGCUCUGGCAAAUUCAGCCAUUGAUCAGGAAAUGGUCGUUAGAUGAUACAAUGAGAGAGCGACUCGGAACGUGGGCCACAAGCCAACAACCACGGUUCUUGGAAGCGAUGAAUAAGAAAAAUCUCACAAUGACCGGUGAGGAAGAAGAAGACGGGUUUUUGGGACUUAUGUCGUGA